CUCUGGACGGUCUCCCGAUUCGGGUCUAUCUUCCCUGAUUUUUGAAUUUGGAUAUAUCGGGCGAGCAAAUCAAUUUGCCCCAUUCGCCGAUUUAAUCUCGGGCCUCCUCCUAUAGGAGCCCAUCUAAAUGAAUCCUUGUUCACCUCACCUUCUCCAGAUCGAGAAGGGAGUACCACCCAGGACAAUAGCCUCCUUGCUUGCCAGGCCUUGGGUAUGCUCCGUCGAAACCCUAAUCAGCUUGCAUUCGACGGCGGACAGCCACACGAAGAGAGAGAAGAGAGCGUUUCACAUUUCCUUUUUUUUUUAACUUCACUUAAUCUAUAUCCACUAUUCUACUAUGAUAUAUUCAUAUCAUCAUAAUUCAUUUUCAUAUCAAUAUAAUAUACGGUCAUAAAAAAAAAUUCUCUGAUUAAUAUUGUUUCUCUAAAUAUAUCAAAAUAAGCGUUAUUUAAUAGAAUAUAAUUAAAUCUAAUAUUGAGCGAAUUUUUUGAGUUCGCAAUUAAAACGGGUAUGAAAAGGAAAGUUGAUGCGGGAAUCUUUUUUAUCGCUAGAUUACAAAGCGAGGGCCGAGGAGAAUCAGAAAACGUAACGUUUGCUUGUUUCCAUCGUCUUAACCUUUUUCGAAGACGCCAUUUUCAUUCCAUGUCAGCUCACUCUAUCAUUUCUCCGAACUAACUACUUCCCUUCGUGCUGCCACGCUCAAUCCCUAUCCCUUUCUCCAUAAUCUCCACCAACUCUCCCCCACUUCUCCACACACACACUCUCUCUCUCCGUUCGAAUCUCGACGUGAAACAAUGGCGUUCCGCAGGCAAAUCAUCAGGGCUACUUUGCAAAAUGCCCAACGAAACAGCUUCGCACAACUCGCUCGCGCCGGCGGCCGCUGCUUGUCCACCGCGUCUCCUUCCCUUUCCGCGGCCACCGCCGACGCGCCGCCGCAGCUCCCGCCGUUCGAUCACCGGCCCAAGCCCUACAAGGGUCCUUCCGCCGAGGAAGUGCUCCAGAAGCGCAAGACUUAUCUGGGUCCUUCUCUGUUCUACUACUAUCAGAAACCUUUGAAUAUAGUGGAGGGCAAGAUGCAAUAUCUGUUUGAUGAGAAUGGGAAGCGCUAUUUGGAUGCUUUUGCCGGGAUUGUGACUGUUUCUGCUGGCCAUUGCCACCCGGAGAUUUUGAAAGACAUUGUUGAGCAGAGUGAGCUUCUGCAGCAUGCGACCACCAUUUACCUGCACCACGCGAUUGCUGAUUUUGCCGAGGGUUUGGCGGAGAAGAUGCCCGGCAACCUUAAGGUUGUGUAUUUUGUGAAUUCUGGGUCCGAGGCAAAUGAACUGGCGAUGAUGAUGGCUAGGUUGUACACUGGUAAUCUUGAAAUGAUAUCUUUGAGAAAUGGUUAUCAUGGUGGAAGCUCGAAUACUAUUGGCCUUACGGCUCUGAACACAUGGAAGUACCCCAUACCACAGGGUGAAAUCCAUCAUGUCAUGAACCCCGAUCCAUACCGAGGGAUCUUUGGUUCUGAUGCGGCUGGUUAUGCCAAAGAUGUAGAAGACCACAUUGCUUAUGGCACUUCAGGAAGAGUUGCGGGAUUUAUAGCCGAGACAAUUCAGGGAGUUGGAGGAGCAGUUGAAUUGGCCCCCGGGUACUUGAAGACGGUAUAUGAUACUGUUCGAAAGGCUGGUGGGGUAUGUAUUGCUGAUGAAGUUCAAACCGGGUUUGGACGAACAGGAAGCCACUAUUGGGGAUUCGAAACACAAGGUGUCAUCCCUGACAUAGUUACAAUGGCAAAGGGCAUUGGCAAUGGUUUACCACUAGGAGCAGUGGUGACAACACCAGAAAUAGCUAGUGUGAUGUCUCAGAAAAUCCAGUUCAACACUUUUGGUGGCAACCCGGUUUGCUCUGCUGGUGGACUUGCUGUCUUGAGAGUUCUUGACAAAGAGAAGCGUCAACAACAUUGUGCCCAAGUUGGCACUCACCUAAUUGGACGUUUGAGAGAUCUAAAGGAAAAAUAUGAAAUCAUUGGAGAUGUUAGAGGCAGAGGGUUGAUGGUGGGUGUAGAGCUAGUGACUGACAGGAAGGAGAAGACCCCUGCCAAAGCUGAAACAGCAGUCUUAUUCGAGCAGCUCCGAGAGCUCGGUAUUCUAGUUGGGAAAGGAGGGCUCCACGGAAACGUCUUUCGAAUAAAACCACCUAUGUGUUUCUCCAAAGAUGAUGCUGACUUCCUUGUCGACGCAUUGGACUAUUCUAUGUCAAAGCUGUGAAGGUGAUUGGAAGAAAUCAAGAACGUGAACCUGCAAAUCUCUUUCAUUACAGACCACUGUUGAUUUUAGGGAAUAUCAAGCUGCAUCUUGAAGAUACAAUCCGCACGGCUGCUUUCACCUCUUUUGGAUCACGCUGCUGUCACUUCUAUCAUCCCCCCAAGGUGUCCUUGAGAGCUUUACUUGUUUACUGAAUGUUUAGUCUCGAGUCAUAGGCAUCUUUCCAUAGAACAAGAUGUGUUCAAAAAGCUCUCGAAGUCUUAGUCGUUGCCUAGUUGUGUUUCUGUUGUUGGGAGCCUCAGCUUGUUACUUUGUUUGUAACUGUUGAUGAUCAAAUAAAACUUGUUGCACAAAGAUCAUUUACUCUUCUGCCUUCUAAGCUGUACCACGUCGCAGGAUUUUUCCAGAAAUAUCACUGUUUAAAAAAAAAAUUCCAAAAAUACCAUCCAACCCCAAAAAAUUCUAAAAAUACCACCUUUUUUCAAAAACCGCCACCCCACCCUGCGGUUUACACGAAAAUCGCUGGGCGGGGUGCAUAUAUCCACAACUAAUUCCUGUUUUGAAAAUUUCAUCCUAGUAAAAGUUGUAGAUCUCGAAAAGUUAUUCGGAUUAAAAAAAAAAAUUGCUACGAUCGGAUAGCCGAGUACAAAGUUACGUUCGUUUGAUGUUUCGACCGAAGUUAGGAAUUGAUCGAAAAAAAAAAUUGGACCAAACCGCUUGGUGGGGUGGCGGUUUGGCCCAAAACCGCCGCCCCACCCAGCGGUUUUUAUAGGUUUUUAUAACCGUCCCUUAGCCCAGUGGUUUGCAUAGAAAACCGCGCCCCCGCCCAGCGGUUUUCGUGUAAACCGCAAGGUGGGGUGGCGGUUUUUGAAAAAGAUGGUAUUUUUGGAAUUUUUUGGGGUUGGGUGGUAUUUUUGGAAUUCUUUUUUUAAACAGUGGUACUUUUGGAUUUUUUCCGUCCCAUUUCUAUUGUUAGACUAUUGAACCUCCCAGAAUAAAAAAAACAAUAAUAAAGGUAUAUUACGAAA